GCAGCGGCCGCGGGGACCGGAGCCGGAUAUGCCAAGAUGGCUGCAGUGGCUUCUCUGUUUGCGCUCGUCUUAACCGCCCUGCCGGCUUCCGCCCGCGGCUCCUGAGCGGCUGGCACCUGGGAUUGCGGAGGGGCCGGGCGGGAGUCGGCUCGGGCCUCGGCCUCCCUGAGGCGUGCCGUUCAAAUUAAGGAUAAACUAGAUCCUGCUGCUCUCUGUAAGCAACAUCUACCUGGGCAAGAGUUUGGCCAUGCAGCCACCGCCACAGGCUGUCCCGCCCAGCGUGGUGGGGCCGCCUCCAGCUGGGAGCCCGCCGAGCAUGUUCUGGUCUAGCAGCCCGUACAGGAGACAGGCGCCCGCUAGUGCACCGGUGGCUGCGGUGACUUGCCCGCUGCAGCCAGUAACGGAUCCAUUUGCUUUUAGUAGGCAGGCAAUUCAAAACACCUCAUUGGGCACCUCGUCCAAAAGCAGCCCAGCCGUUUUGCCAGGCCCAGUCCCACCAGCAUUUCUUCAGCACCCUGGUCUGCCUUUGCCUCACCCAAAUGCUGGGGACAGCUCCCAUGGACCCGGCGAGCCUCUGCUGAGACCUCUGUCCCAGCCCAGGCCAGGGGCAAGUCCCUUUCCCAGCAUGUUGACUCCUUCAGCGCCACCAGGGCCUGAGAUGAGUGGGAGGACUGAGGUUGCUGCCGGCUCGGAGCACCACGUUCAGGCCCAGUACGUUCCGGGAGCAGGUCUGGACACUCCUCACGGGGGCCAUCCGCACGGGAGCCUGCCUGGGCCCGACAGACCCCCGAGUGGACAGAGCCCUCACAGCAGCGCUGCGGCACCCACAGUGUCCCCUUUCUUCUCUCAGCCUCAUCAGCAAAUGCCAGCGCAGUGGGGGCCCGUGCAGGGGGGCCCACAGGCCUCAGGUCCGCAUUACCGGCCCUGCCCAGAAGGGCUGUUUCCUAAUGCGGCGCCCCAGGCCUCCAGCGUGUCCCACUUCCCGGUUCCGUCCGGCCUGCCUCAGGGUCCUGACCACGAGCAGCAUGGCCCCUCCGCCACAGGACCCUCGGCCGGCAAUGGGAGAGAGGAGGCAGCCUGUGUGCAAAGUGGGAACCACUUGGCAAGCAGCUUGGAUCUCGACGGCACGCUUGGGCAGGACGUCCAAGCUGGGAAUCCGCGGGCUGGCUGGGAGGUCCGGCCGAGCCCCGGGGCGAGCAAGGAGCAGGUGGCCAGCCCUGCUCUUGCAAGUCCCUUCGCUCAGGGAAAUAGCCCAGAAAGCUGUUUGCACUACCCCCCGGGGGCCAGGGCCAGCCAGGCACUGCCGGAAGUCGAGUCGGGAGCACUCUCUGUGUUUUUCCAUGGGGGGGAGAGAGAAAAUGAGGAGACCCUCUCACCUGAAAACACAGGCGCUGCUCCUCAGUCCGGCGUUGACGGCUUCUUCCCUGGCCCUGGCCUGGGCCCUCCGCCUGCGCACGGCGGCGCAGGCGGUAUCUGCCAGGCCGUUCUCCGAGGCUCGCGUGGCGAGUCUGUGCCGCAGGGAGGAGACACGCAGCCUUACUUUCCUCGGCCUGCAGGUGCCCAGCAUGGUAAACCGCCGGCUCGGCACACUGCCAUUGAUCCGUGGGGCGCCCCGGCGGGUGCAGGGGCUCCUGACGCGGGGGGCUCACACUACGAGAACGUGGAGAACUUAGAGUUUACCCAGAACCAGGAGGUUCUACCCAGUGAGCCCCCAGGUUUGGAUGCUUCCCCCACAGGCGACCAGCUCAGACACGUGCCCCUUCCCGGGCCCCCGGGCCCCAGGCUCAGUGUCACAGGCCAUGCUGGAGGCGGGGGCUCAAAUCUCGAGGCCCUGGACACACCGCCGCACCCCGUGCGAUCUGAUAGCGUGUCCUCCAGUUACAGCAGCAAGAGCCACAGGAGCGUGUCCAGUACAGCCAGGCCCCAGGACCUGGGCACCUUCAUCCAGCAGGAAGCUGGGAGACCUGAGGAUGAGGCUUCAGGGGGCUUUUUUAAGCAGAUCGAUUCUUCUCCUGUGGGAGGCGAGACGGAUGAGACCGCCGGGAGCCACAGUUACCGCAGCAGCCUGUCCCAGUCCUUGACUCCAAGCCCCCCCAAACCUACAGGGAUAUUUCAGACAAGUGCAAAUAGUCCUUUUGAACCGGUGAAAUCCCACCUAGUUGGAGUAAAGCCAGUCGAGGCAGACCGUGCCAACGUGGUGGGAGAGGCGAGGGUGGCCCCAGCCUCUCAGAAGCGGAGGCCGGCCGCCGCACCGCCCGACGCCUGCCCCGGCAACCUGGAGCAGCCGCCUGACAACAUGGAGACCCUCCUCCCGCCGCAGGGCUGUCCUCUGCCUCUCGCCACAGCUGCGGAAGCUGGGCGCGGGCUUCUGCGCCCUGGGGGGCUGCCCCCGGAGACAGUGCUUCCGACCCCCGAGAAGAAGCCCUCGGCCCGGGCCCAGGGGACCGUGAAGUGUGAGAGCCCAGCCACAACUCUGUGGGCACAGAACGAGCUGCCAGACUUUGGGGGCAACGUCCUUUUAGCCCCCGCCGCCCCCGCGCUUCAUGUGCCCGGGAAGCCUCAGCUGUCGGAAGUGGUUCAGCCUCCGGACGAGGGGGUGCCCAGCCAGCCGCCCCGGCGGCUGGGGUGCCCGCCCCCUCUGCAGAGAGGGGGUGGCAUCGGUGCCUCUGAGAACCUUGAGAACCCUCCCAAGAUGGGGGAGGGGGAGGCCCUUCCAUCGCAGGCCAGUUCUGGUUAUGCCGGUCUCUUGUCCUCCCCGCCCACGGAAUCUUUACAGAAUCAGCCCGUCUUGCUCGCUCCGCCUGAUCAGAGCUCUAAUCUGGCUCAGCCCGUUCAUUUUCCUGCAUCCUUGUCGAAUCCUAAUGAGAAGACUCAGUUCUGGAGAGAGGCUCGAGUUGGGGACAGGUCUGCCAUGAGCAGCCGGGCCGCGGGGGGUGAUUCUGGAGACACUGUGCCCCUGUCUGGGGUGCCAGCCAGCUCUCUCAUCUGCUCACCUCUGCCUAACAAUCUUGCCCAAAGUAAUUUUCCACAAGUUGCUGGUACUUCUGAAAUGGUUUCCACUCAACCUGCUAAUUUGCUGGUUCAACCACCAUCUCAUCCAACUCCAAAGAACUUGCUCCCGGAAGGUCAGAAGAUUCACGAUGCGGAGAACACUCUUCCGGAGCCAGUUAACAGCCCUGCUGGGAGCACAGGCUUCGUGUUGGUGUCGCCCACAAACACCGCCCUGGUAUCACAAAGCAAUAAGGCGAAUCAUCCCAGUAACCGGGAAGAGACGUCAGGAGCCCUAGACUUCACAUUAAAUAGGACUUUAGAAAAUCCUGUAAGAUCGUGUAGCCCACCCCAUUCCGAAGACCCAGUCUCUUACCAGCACACCGCCCCCGGUCAUCCUGGACGGCUUGGGCCUGGGGUGCAUAACCCAGACCAUUUCUACCCACAGGUGACAAAAGGCGCUCAGGAGCAGCGUAGCCUGGAGAGAGCCCAGCAGGAGCCCGCUCCCUCUCCCCCGCGAGGGCCCAGAGCAGCACCUGCAGAACCCUCAAACCCAGAAGGUCCACCCGCAAGAGGACAGCCCCAAAACUGCACCAGUCCGGCUCCAGCCGACCCAGCUCCGCAGCUGCCUGCUCGGCCGCCUCAGUCCUCCAGCGCUUCGGCUGUGUCCAGCAGCCCCAGCCAGGUAGCCGCGCCGCCGGAUCAGCAGUGGAUGCAGCCACCACCCCUGGACUACUACUAUUACAGAUCCCCGUACGACGGCUACCAGGCCCAGUACCCCGCCCCGUACCCACCGGACCCUGGCGCAGCCCCGCUUUACUACCAGGACAUCUAUGGUCUCUACGAGCCCAGGUACAGGCCCUACGACAGUGCCGCCUCCGCCUAUGCGGACAGCUACCGCUACCCCGAGCCCGAGCGGCCCAGCUCCCGGGCGAGCCACUGCUCAGACCGGCCAUCUGCCAGGCAAGGGCACCCUGAAGGCCACUCUAACUCCAAACGCGGAUGGAGCAGCCAGAGCGAUUACUCCAACUACUACUGCGGCCAGUAUGACUAUGGAGAGCCGGGUCGCUGGGAUAGGUAUUCCUAUGGCUCGAGGUUCAGGGACCCCCGCCCUUACGACCGCAGGUAUUGGUAUGACACAGACUACGACCCAUACAGGAAGGAAAACUACGCGUACGCUGACAGGUCCGAGAGGUACGACGACCCCUGGAGGUACGACCCACGUUUCACGGGGAGCUUCGACGACGACCCCGAGCCCCCCAGGGACCCCUACGGGGACGACACAGACCGGCGCAGCGUGCACAGCGAGCACUCGGCGCAGAGCCUGCGCAGCGCGCACAGCCGCCACAGCAGCUUCAGCGCCCACUCGCAGCAGAGUCAGGUUUACAGAAGUCGCGAUGUGACUGUGGGUCCUUACGAGGCCCCGCCCCCACCAGGCUCCUUCCACGGGGACUACACCUACGACGCCUAUGUUAGCAAUUUCAGCAGUACCCAGGGCUUCCCAGAGUACGGCUACCCUGCUGACGCCGGCUGGCCCGCCGUGGAGCAAGCUCCAUCGAGACCCACGUCGCCUGAGAAGUUCUCCGUGCCUCAUGUCUGUGCCAGGUUCGGCCCCGGGGGUCAGCUCAUCAAAGUGAUCCCCAACCUGCCUUCGGAAGGACAGCCUGCCUUGGUGGAAGUGCACAGCAUGGAGACGCUGCUGCAGCACGUGCCAGAGCAGGAGGAGAUGCGCGCGUUCCCGGGGCCGCUCGGCAAAGACGACACCCAUAAAGUGGAUGUUAUUAAUUUUGCACAGAACAAAGCCACAAAGUGUUUGCAGAACGAGAACUUAAUUGACAAAGAGUCUGCAAAUCUUCUUUGGAACUUUAUCGUUCUGUUGUGCAGACAGAAUGGGACCGUGGUGGGAACCGACAUUGCAGAACUGUUGUUACAAGACCACAAAACUGUGUGGCUGCCUGGGAAGUCCCCCAACGAGGCCAACCUGAUCGACUUCACGAAUGAGGCCUUGGAGCAGGCCGAGGAGGAGGAAGAGUCGGGGGAGGCCCAGCUCUCGUUCCUCACUGACAGUCAGGCCGCCGCCGCCAGCACCCAGGAGAAGGAGACGGAGCGGUUCCGAGAGCUGCUGCUCUAUGGCCGUAAGAAGGAUGCUUUGGAGUCUGCGAUGAAAAACGGCUUGUGGGGUCACGCUCUGUUACUUGCCAGUAAGAUGGACAGCCGGACCCACGCCCGAGUCAUGACCAGGUUCGCCAACAGCCUUCCCAUCAAUGACCCUUUGCAGACCGUCUACCAGCUGAUGUCCGGGCGGAUGCCUGCAGCAUCCACGUGCUGCGGAGACGAGAAGUGGGGGGACUGGCGGCCGCACCUGGCUAUGGUCCUGUCCAACCUGAGCCACAACGCGGAGGUGGAGUCGAGGACGAUGGCCACGAUGGGCGACACUCUAGCUUCAAAAGGUCUCUUAGACGCUGCGCACUUCUGCUACCUCAUGGCCCAGGUUGGAUUUGGGGUUUAUACGAAGAAAAGCACGAAACUGGUCUUGAUUGGAUCGAACCACAGUUUACCAUUUUUAAAGUUUGCGACCAACGAAGCCAUUCAGAGGACAGAGGCCUAUGAGUACGCUCAGUCGCUGGGGGCCCAGUCCGACCCCCUGCCCAACUUCCAGGUGUUCAAGUUCAUCUACUCGUGCCGCCUGGCGGACAUGGGGCUGGCCACGCAGGCCUUCCACUACUGCGAGGCGGUCGCCAGGAGUGUGCUGCUGCGGCCCCAGAGCCACUCCCCCGUGCUCAUCCGCCAGCUGGUCGAGGUCGCCUCCCAGUUACGGCUCUUCGACCCGCAGCUGAAGGAGAAGCCGGAGGAGGAAUCUUGUGCGGAGCCCGCCUGGCUGGUCCAGCUGCAGCGUGUGGAGAAGCAGGUCAAGGAGGGUGCGGUGGUGUGGAGCCCGGACACGGCCUUCCCCCCGCCCUGCCCCAGCACACCGAGCUCCGAGGUGGGCCGGUGCGACGGCCCAGGACUCGCGCCGCCCUCGGACCUGGGCACUGAGAAUCCACUGCUGGCGCCGCCUGCGCCCAGCGCCGAGUACUCCGGCCAGGGCGUGUGGCUGCUGCCUUCAGCUCUGCCGACGCCCCCCGGCCAGCCCGCCUUCCCCACCCGGGUGCCGCUGUUCCCUGUGCCCCCACCGGGCCCUGCUGAGCCUGGCUGCGGGCUCCCGGGGUCUGCGCGUGGCUUUGUGGAGCCCUCGGGGCCUGGUCCUGCAGCCUUGUACCCCGGGCCUGGCCUGCCGCCCGGCGCGCCACCCCUCCAGGACAGUGAGCACCCGCUGCGGGAGGCCAGGAUCCAGGACUCAGGAACGGUCCCGCAGGACCCCCGCGGGGGAGACUCACUGGCAGAGCGAAGAGAAGAGGAUUUUGGUGGCCAAUUCGACAUGGGCCCCUCGAGGACGCGGCUAGACUCCGAGGCCCCCCCGGGGUGGGGGUCUGCUGGCCCCGGCGCCCUGCAGCCUCCAUCUCUGACGUCCGCUCCUGAAGCUAAGAGUCCUGUACAGACAGCCAAAAAGGAGGCCAAGGAACCCAAGAAGGGAGGGGAAUCCUGGUUCUCCUGGCUGACCGCUAGGAAAAAGAGGACGGAAGCGCAUUUGCCAGACGACACGAAAAAAUCGAUUGUCUGGGAUGCAAAGAAGAACCGAUGGGUGGACACGAGCGAGCCAGAGGAGGAGAAGAAGGCUCCGCCCCCGCCUCCGAUGUCGCUUCCCAAGGCUCCGCAGGCUGCCGCCCCUGGGCCUGGAGGUCCCCCCGGAGCCUCUGUGAACAUGUUUUCUCGGAAAGCAGGCGGCACGCGCGCGCGCUAUGUGGACGUCCUGAACCCAGGCGGGCCCCAGCGCGCUGACCCAGCUCUUGCCCCCGCGGACCUCUUUGCCCCACUUGCCCCACUCCCGUUCCCGGCGCCCUUGUUUGGACCAAACCCAGAGGCGGAGGGAGCCCCGUUCUCCGAGGGGCCCAGCAGAGAAGGACACGCCCCAGCAGGGGGUCCAGCCGUUCCAGAAGCUUCUUCGGAACCCAAGGUUGUCAGUGCGGCGGCCUCGCUGCCUGCUUCUGAUCCAGCCCCCUGCCCAGUGGACGGCUCGCAGGGGGGAGAGCUUUCGCGCUCUAGCUCAAUGAGUUCCCUGUCGCGUGAAGUGAGCCAGCAUCUUAACCAGGCUCCCAGUGACCAGCCCCCCGCGGGCAGUGCCCCCGGGCCAGCUGUGCCCUUCUACCACCCUGCGCAGUUCGCACAGGCCUCUGCCACCUCAGGAAGCUCAAGGUCGGGGAGGAUGGGCCAGAGGAAAUACCCAGCGUUGAGGUAGACUGGUCCCUGUACUGGAUCAGCCUUGGGCACAGACCGAUCGCCUGCGACCUCCCUUCUGUUCCAAGCGAUGAGGCCCAGCACCCGUCGCAGGAAGCGUUGCCAAAGCUAGUCCCACAGCCCCUCUGAGGCCUGAAGCAGAGAAGUGACCCUCGGCUCAGGGCCUCCCACCUAAAGAAUGAGUUCGGGAGAUCCUCUAGUCCCUUAGCAAUGGCGCACUAAGCGCGGCUGGACUCUGCUGCAGGCGGGGAGGGGGGCUCGGAGCUUUGGGAAUGAGGGCGUCUCUGGAAGCCCGAUGCGACUCGCCGCCAGAUUCGUCUGAGACGCCGAAAGGAAGCGCACCGCUGCCGUGGCCGCUCCCUGGCCCACGUUGGGAGCCUGGCACAUGGUUUAUGGAUGGUACCUGCUGAGUGGCCUCACCUCAGCCACCCUCCAGCCAGGGCGGGGCCCUGCAGGGCAGCUCUCUCCUGCUGCAGAAACGUCUCCCUGCGGCUGGUUAGCACCACAAGGGGCUUCCUGCGACCAGGGGGCUGGCGCUGUCCGUAGGGAGGAAAGAGCCACCUAACAGAACUUGCGUUUUACAUGUAACUGAUCCUCACUGGUCAGCCAGUGCUGAAGCUGUGACCGUCAUUUAUCAAUUUGGACCUCUUUAGGGAGUGACCCGGUUGCACUCACGGUCAGAGCAGCCGUACGGCCGCCACACUGCACACUGGCCAGCGGUGCACUAGUGCCAGUGGGUCUGCAGGGCCCCGCAGCCGGCACGCCCCUCCCGUCUGGGCGACUUCACCGCAGGGGCUGGCCGCGUCUUGAAGAAAGUGACUUAAAGUAGUUUCUUGGAGAAGCUCUAGAAGCUGACACCCCUGCACCUGGGUCUCCCCGCACUGAGCCCUUCCGCUGCGGGGCUUGGGCACUCAGCCCCAGGGACCUGCAAGGGAAGACCCUCCUGUCACCGGACCCAGAGCUUUCAGGCUUCAUCGACUGUUCCGAAAACUGUCCACGUCGCUGUUAAAUCUAAACAGAUGAGAAAAGAUUUAAAUAUUUAUAAAAAUCAUUAGGAACUGAUCUCCGUAGUUCUGCUUGGCAUUUCCGAUCUCACGCAGGGCUGCGCGAGUGUGCACUGGCCACUGGUCCCUCCCUCCUUCCCGGUUCACUUCCCGGUUCAUCUGGGAGGGACUGCGGGCUGGGCUGGGAAAGGCCGACCCCAGGGGGCCUCAUGUGCCCCAGGUCAGCGGGUGUGAUUCCUGGGGCCGUGGCCCCUUGCGCCGUGCGGCUUCCCCCAGCCCAUUAUCCUGUUAGUGACUUUUGAUUCAAGACGCUUCCUCCAGGUGGGAGCCAUUAUUUUUCCUAAAUGCUGAUUGUUACACUGCAAAUUGUUAAAUAAAAUAAAAUAAAAUAUU